CCUCAGCGCGGCCUCCGCCCCUCGGCGCGGCCUCCCCCGCUCAGCGCGGCCCCUCCGCCCGCCCCGCCGCGCUCCCGCCCGCCAUGAGCUGCCGGCAGCCGCUGCCGAGCGAGCGGGGAGCGAGACAGAGGAAGAGGAGAAGGAAUGGCAAUGAAGAGGAUGGUCACGUUCCCCAGAGCAAACGUAGCACCAGGAGCUCUGUCCUGCAGGACUCGUGGGACACUGAGAAGGUGGCUGUAACGAAGCUCACUAAGGAGCGCAGACUAAAAGGAAACAAAGUGUCCUGUGCGUCCUCCAGCAGCGACAGCGGGAGCAGCAGCAGCAGCAGCUGUAGCAGCAGCAGCAUCAACAGCCCCGACAGAGCAGAGUCCAGCCUCAACCCCAGGAUUGCAGGAUCCAGCCCUGUCUCCUCCCAGCCCUUCCACGAGCAGUCUGCACUAAGCCAAGGUCCUUACUUCCACAUCAACCAGAUCCUGAAGGAAGCCCACUUCCACAGCCUACAGAGCCGGGGACGCCUCCCUACAUGAUGACCCAGCAGCUCCCUGCCUUCUGUGAAGGGACAGCACUGUGUAGAUUUGAUAUUUCAACUUCAAAGUUUGUUAAAAUGGAAUUGCACAAAAUUGCCUGUUGCCUUUUCAGUCUAUAUUUGAAAUAACAGGUUAACAGGAGAUUGUUUACUUGUGGUUUGCUGCACUAUUGCAAUGCAAAAGGGGCUUUGAAGCAAUUUUUAUAGGAUUCUUUUUGGGGUGGUUCUAAAGUACGUGGCAAGAGGAGACUGAGGAGUCCACAUGUGUGUUAUAGGAUUGCAGACUGUCCAAUUCCAAUCGACUGCCUAAUCUGUUUGUUAGCAAGUUGUUGCUUUCUGUAAAGUUCUCUUAAGCGUUCCUCUUCAGUUUUAUAAGUCUUUUUUUAAUUUCAAUAAACUAGUUAAAAAAUGAUUUGGCAACAUAAUUUUUUGAGCAUUUAGAGUUAGUGAGAAUAGGAGCAGCGAGUGCAGGUGCUUAGGCCUGUGAGCUCCCACCCAGCUCAGGGUGAUGAGGCUUCUCUCAUGAGCUUCACUGCUGCACGACUGGAAAGGAAAUGUGAAAUGAGAGCCAGGACAGGUCGGGCAGGUGCUGCAGGGGCCUCUCAGGGCAGGGUGGUGGUGCCUGGAGGACACAGGCGUCUUACCCUGCUCCAGCACCCCUUCCCAGCUGUGAAAUGUUUUGUUUUCUGUUAGCGUCUAGGUUGUUUUGGCUUUUUUUUUUCCCCUUUAAUUUGAUUUUAACAAUGUAAGGCUAGGAGGUGAAAGAGCAGCUCCACCUCUGUUGCAGCAGCCAGGGGACAAGGACGAUCCAAGCUGUGCCUGCUUCCCAUGCCACGCCCUGCUCUGAGGAUGGGAAUCCUGACAAUCCCAGAGGUGUCACCGAGGGGACAGACAGACGCAUCUCAGUGAAGACAAACACCCAGAGCAGUUUUAUUGCUUGCUGCCUCACUUGGUCAUGCCCGAGAGCCAGCCCAGCUUGAAGAGGGACGGGGCCGCCGCGUCCUCGUCGUCGGUGAGGAGCUGCCGGAACAGCGAGCCCGGCCGUGCCUCGUCCUCCCUGGGCAGCACAGCAGCUGCAGCCUGGCCCUUUGGGAACACAAAAGUGACUGUGACUGUCACAGCACCCCCGGGGCUCCCUCUGUCCCCUCAGCAGCACAGGGCACGCAGCCGAGCGGUGGCACUGCUGGGGGAGUGACAGACACACAGCUCGCUGCUGGUAGCAACAGGCACUUGGCAGAUGUCACUCAAUGCUCAUAAAACCCCAGUGAACACUCAGCAAAACCCUUAGAGCGAGGGAUCACAGCGUGGCAGAAGCACAGCUGGUGCCCUUGCAGGAGCUGUUCUUGGAGAACUGCAGAUUUGAACCUCUCCAGAAGAGUUUUAGCAUUGAAGGAGGAGCAAGCAUCUGGCAGGGAUCCUGGCAAGUGUGGCUAGCACAGGACACGGGUGUGCUGAGCACAGCACAGAGCUGAGGGGAGUGACAGAACGAGCCAGACAUCACUGCACACUUCUAUGCUCUAGUCCAACUGAGCUGUGAGAGGUAAGGAAUACCUUUGCUGGGAAGUUUUGGGCUUUUAAACACCCCUUCUGCUGGGUUUGGUCCUUAAGGGCUCCAAGAAAUGGAGAAGGAGAGUUGCAAAUUGAACAUCAUCUCAAAUGACACUGGUAAAACCAGGCCUUGACCUCUUUGUCUUGGCUCUUGUCAACUCAACAACUUGUCCCAGUUGCCAAGACCACCAGGGAUAGAUUAGGCUGGUAAUAAGUAAAGGAAACAUGAAUUGCUGCUUCCCACAGCAGUGAGGUGUUCCUUGGCUCUCACCCAGCACACAGAGCUCCAUCUAAGCAGAUGUUUUAAACUGGGGGAAAUGGAGCAACAGAAAGAUUGGCUGCUACAGCUCAGCACCAGGGGAGCAGCAGCAGGACACUCCUCACACAGCUGGGGUACCUGGCCAGGCCUCCUCGGGGUUACAGGGCAGCAUCCCACUGCAAAGGAGUUCAAGCAUUAGCUACUGUCCUUCAGCCUUUCCUGCAGCCCUCUUUAAUGAGCUUUGGUGCAUUGCCCUCAUCCAUGUCAGCCCCCACUGCCCCUGCAGUGGUUUUUGCUUGCCACAGAGCAGUGGCCCCAAAACCACAGGGGCAAAGGGUGGGUGGGGUUUGGAGGCUCCUGGAGAAAUCCACCCCAUCCCCUGCUGUGCUGCCAUAAUGAUUCAUUUUACUGAAAAUAAAAAUCAGGUGAAAUAA